GGUUGCUGGAACCACGCGAGGUCGUGACAGCAGGCUACACGAAGUUCCUCUCCGUAGUAUCGUUGGAGGACCAGGUCCUGGUCAUUUGCCACUUUCGUGUUCGGCGAUGCUACAACGAGAAGUUCAUGAUGCUCCAGUUCAGUAUGGCGGGGGGCUUCCAGAUCGAUGGAUCAGACCUGGCGAAGUUGCUCCUGGAGCAGACCGAGAUCAGGAUCCCUACGCACUUGGGAGGCCGCUUGCAGCUUGGAUCGGCGCCCGUGGGCCACCUCGAGCAGAUGGCCCAGAAGCGAUUGGAUCGGACGAAAAAGGGGACCAGUGCAGGGAGCAAGCGGUGACCACGUCGUGGGAACAGCGUCUUGCAUCACUUCGACGGCGUAUUGCCGCCAAGGAACGCCUACAUAACCUUUUUAAAUGGAUCGGAAUUCCUCGCUGA